UUUGCAAUUGUCAUAUAAUCGUGUAAUAGGUAGCUGUAAUGUAGGUAAUCAGUUUGUUGUAGUUGUACUAGAUUGAAAAUUAUACCAACACAAUUAAGUCACAUGUUAUGUGUCAUGUGAUUUUCAAACUUGUUCUCUCUUCUCUGAUCUUCAUCAUGGUAAACUUUGUAUCUUGAUUAAAUUAUUUACAAUUCCUAAGUCCAAACUACUUGAACUUUUGUUAUUAAUUUUUCUGAAUUGUACAUUACUUCAGUUCACCACUGAGUUCAGUAAGCCUAAAAAUUUAGUCAUGAUUGUAAGCAAUUCAUUUGUUAAUUUUCUGAAUGGCUUGGAUAAACUGCAAUUGAAUAUCCUGGUUGACCAAGUUUCUGCAGCGUUGGUGCUGCUGCUUAGUAAUUCUACUGCCAGUCUUGCUGAUUUGUUUAAGCUCUCUCUGAGUGGUUCUGGGGAGCAGGCUUUGAUGUCCAGCCUUAGCUGCACUAAAGCCUUUGUACAGCAGCUUGUGCCUGCUGUUGCUGCUCUCAUACUGAAGUGUGGCUCAUUUGGACCAACAGAGAGCCUUGCAAGCUGUGGCUUGAUGCGACCUCCCUCAGAAGUGGUCCUCAGAGCCUACAACAACCACCAGACGCUGCUCGACCCUCUGCUGCACUCCCUGCUCAACAGCGCCCCUUUGAUGGAAUUAUGUGGCGUAUCUCACGAACUGAGCGUGGUUUCUGGCAUCUCUACUCGUUCGCGCCUUUGUGAGCCUCAUGCCUUCCUACAGCUCUCCACCUGCAUUCCACCCCACCUGCAACACCUGCAACGAGCUGCAUCUAACCCCGAGACCACGGAAGGUUCUGAAGAUACAGCUACAGAAGAAGCAAAAAAUGAAGUUAUAUUGGAUCUCUACAAAGACGAUCUCGUCAACUUGCAUAAUAGUCUAGAGGAGAUUCAAAGAAAGCUUGAUUCAUUCCAAUACCAAGGUUAGACUUGACAUGUUUAACCGCUACAAUAUUCGUGAUAUACCUAAGUUGUGUGACGUAAUAUCUUUAAAUUCUACCUGAUAGUAACUUGUUCUUUCAUAUAGUGAUGGUUUACUCAAUUUUGUACGGUUUUCCAAACUGUAGGAUCGUUUUCAAUGACAGGAAGUGGCUUUUAGUUAACAAGAACUAAAUUUUAGGGCAAAAUCAAAUGCCUGUAUGCCGGUUAGGACAGGUAUUUUGGCUCCCAUUUUGCCUUGUAUUUUGAAGUCUUGUGGAGCUUCACUAACAUGAUUAUUUCUAAAGAAACGUAUUUAAAUACUGUUGUUAUUUUAAAUAUUUAUGUAAUACGUUAAUAUAUUCCAUGGAAAAAUUAUUUAUUUAUGCCAGUCAACUGUUUCUCCUACUGUUCUACUAUUCUAUGCUAAUAUUAUGAAUUUUCAUGCAAUUUCUUAUCAAACUUAAGCAUACAAAUGUAAAGAGUAACUAUUUUACUUCAAUAUAAUUCGAACCCAAAAAUUACCUUGAAUAAUUCAAUAGAUAUUACUACUUUCUUUUUUUAAGAUAUGUGAAAAAGCGUCAAUUUUAGUGUCCCAGCCAAAAUUUUCAUUUAACUGUGCCCAUUUUAAUUAGUGGCCAUGGUUGAUGGUGAUAAUGUGCGCGGAAUGAUGGUCAGAUAAUUAGUGAUUGGCUGAGGCAUGAUAACGUAGCCUCAAUUACAAACCUCGGGCCCUGGUGGGUCUUUUUGGGAGGAGUAUUGAAGUGGCAAUAUAAAGCCACUAGCUCCUUCAUGGGUCAAUAAUCGGACUGUUGAUCAGAGAUAAAGAUAUCUAUUACAAGUAUGUCUGAUCGUUAUCUACAUGUUACUUGAUAACAUCACCUAACCAAGCAAUAAAAGUUUCUAUGCUAG